AUCAACAACAGAUGUUCAGAAAAAAAUUGUUUCCUUUAGCCAGCCAUCCACACUCUGCCGGGCCCUAGAAGCUCCCGAGCCUCUGCUUCUCCUUUAAGCCAGUCCAACGAAUCUUCCGUUCUUUGAAGCCUUUAUUCUCCGACGGCCAUACACGCAGGCCCCGUACCAUGACUGCGCCAUAGUCCACACCAGCAACUACAUCCACAAGGUCCACUCCUCAAAAACCUAGUACAUUUUCUCUCCAUCAUGGACGCGUCUAACGAUGGCUCUGAGUCUGUCGACCAGUUCCUGGCUCGUAUCGCCAGCCUCACUUUGAAGCAGGGUGAAGAAGACGCCGAACGCUCGAGAAAAAUGGAGGAAGAGAUGAUGCAGGCUCGUAAGGAGCGGCAGGCAAGAAGAGCUGAACGUGCACGAUCACUUUCGCCCUCCAAGACUGGUCCUACCCCGACCUUGAGAUCUGUCGUUGACACUACGCCGGUACAAACCCGGGGCAUUGAUCCUCCUGUCGUCCUCACUCCGCAAUCUCGUCCCCAGACUCUAGGCCGAUCCGGUUCAAUUUCCCCUAGAGCUGAACGGCCUUCUCUUGCUUCCGUUGAUUUCAAUCGCCCUCUACCUCCUCAUCCAUCGCCCGCAGACCAUUCCCCGAGUGUGGGCAACUCAACCAAUGCAACUUCUUUAUCUCGAAGCGGCACUCUCUCCUGGAAUCAGCGUCCCCUAUCAAGAGCCGGCGCGAUCGGCUCCGUGCGAUCACGACCGCAGUCAGUGGCAUCUAUUCCCGAUUCUUGUGUCGGUCGACCUCCCUCCCCCUCCAAGGACGCUCCUGAGAUGUCCAGACAAGAUAUUGCCGCCUCGCUCGCCUCACGAGAUCCUUCAUGGUUUCGCCAGACCUCGGACCGUGGCCUAAGCUCGGCCGCUUACCGCAAGAAUGAAACCGAUUCUUCUGAAACCACAGCGACAUCAUUCGGCAGAGGUAUGCGCUUACCGGGGAUGGCCAAAGAAUCAUCGUCUAUACCCGGCAAAAAUAUCCAAGCCGAUGGUCCCCAAACAAGCACAACCUCAUCACCAAGCAUUCCGUCUGGUGAACCAUCGUAUUCACGCCACGAUUCUAGCGCCGAUAGAGCACCGGCCACUACUCGACCGCUCUCUACAAUCUCAUUAACCCCGUCAAAAUCUCCUGCGCUUGAUCAACCUUACUUAAGAUCAUUGGAUCUACCGAGUCCAUCAGAUCCUGAUGCACCUGGUAUUGCUCGCACUUCUAGUGUCCUCUCUACUAGUCGGCCAUCUUCGCCUACCAAAGGUCUAGGUGGGUUUGUUCAAAGCGCCAUGAUGAAACGUUCAGAUAGCGUCAGUAAAAGGUGGAGUGUUCAGGCCAGUGCAGGACUCAAGCGCGGGGACUCGGUCGCAACAUCUAGACCUGCACAUCUCCAAAGUCUCAGCGGCUUUACCCCCGGGCAUUCCAGAGGUUCUUCCAGAGACGUACGCGGCUUCAAAGACGGCGAAUCAUCGCCUUUGUCAACUUCCAGACCCGUAUCAAGCCAUGGAUCUGACCCUGUGCCAAUUCUCAAAAGCAGUACACCUCGCGUAGAUGACUCAGCGCCCGCUGCCAAGAGUAAUCCGUUAAGCGAGCAUGAUCACUCCGAAGCCGUCACAUCACCUCCACAAGAACAGAAGCCCCCCUCCACUCAGCAGUCUUCUGAGGACUUGUUGUCGCGAAGUCCAUCAAAGACGCUUGAUCCCCGCAGGUGGAGUCCGACCAAGGCGAGCUGGCUCGAGAGUGCCCUGCAAAAGCCUGAUGCACCUAGGUUCACGAAGAAGCCAGAGAUUCCUGCCUGGAAGUUGGACAUGCAGCGAUCCAAGGAGCAACGUGUCAAGUCUCCCGAACUCGGCCAAUCGACAGAAGCGAAAGAUUUAGACUCAACUCCUGCUGGCGGCAAUUUGUCGCUGGCUCAUUCAGAGAGCCAUGGAAAGACGCCUACGUCUGCUACGCCUAGGACGGACCAACAAGCGGUGAAGUCAAUUCCAGGGACUGGGAAUCCAAGUUCAAACAACAUCAUAGCUCCGUUGCAACAGGACGAGAAGCCAGCGGUGCCUUCGAAGCGCAACCUGAUCUCCAAAGACGUGUCACGUGCAGAAGAACAACCGAAGCCAGAUUCUUCGAGCUUGGUUCAAGGAAUCGAGUCGGCUUCGGAACCUCGUCCUGCCGAACAUACCCCCGUCAAGGUUGAAAGCAAAAGUACCAUCCUCAAACCUAAGCCCCAAACACCACCGAAGACCGAUUUCCGGGCCGCUCUCAAAGCACGCCAGCCGGCCUCAAAUGACAACAAUGGGACUGAGCCCGAGUUCAAGGCGGUGUUCGGGAAGCUGAAACGGACACAGACGCAAAAUUAUGUGGCACCAGACCUUCUGAAGGACAACAUUACAAGAGGAAAGGCAGCACUGGCAGUCACAGGUGGGCCUCAACAAACGAAGCGUGUCGAUGAAUUCAAGGAGAGCAUUCUCCAGAAGAAGGAAGCAAUGAAGGCGGCUGGCGGGAGUACCAGCAAGAGGCCAGAAUCAAUGGAAGCAUCAAAACCGAAACAUGAUGAAAUCCCUGAAGCCCUGAUACGACGAAAUGCUCUGCAAAAAACCAAUUCACUGCCUGAUACUGAGUCUAGAAAGUUGCCAGACGUUUCGAAAGAGUCAUCGCGCACCUUCCCAGCCAAGAUCGAUAAGCCCCAGAAGCCUCCGGUGCUUUCACAAAAGGAGUCGCCGCCGACAGGGAGCCCUGCUUGGAAAGGGUCUCAAACACCCGUGACUUCGCCAUCAAAGGCUACGCCGCCGUCGGCUGUACCGAAGCCACUGCCCAAGGAAAAGUCUCUCUCGGAACCCAUCCCGUCCAAUUACGGUCAGAAACUACCCGGUUCUAAUGUCGUCAAGAAAGAGGACAGAGAUCAGGUCACCUUGCCAGUGUCCAGUGUGGCCCGCCCGAUUCAAGCCAAUAUACCACCAAAGUCAAGUGCAUCAGAGAAGAGUAACCUGGCCGCACGUCUCAACCCUGCUCUGGCUGGCUUUUUGUCUCGUAGUGGAAGUCCUCGCCUUCCCGGCGACCCUCCAAGUGAGGGUAAUCAGUAUGGCUCUCAAAGCUCAGGACGGAUGGUGUCUACGGCGGCAGAUCAGCCCUCUGCAGGACUGACCCAUAUGACGAAGGGCAGAGCCAAAGGGCCGAAGAGGAGAACGCCCAAAGACAAUCAAAGCGGCCGCAACAGCAAACCGAAGGCAAAUUCGUUAGAUCGUCCACCCAAGACCUCCGAAGCUGAAGCGCCACAAUCAGCGUCUCCAGCUCCCGAGCAGGCAAGCAAGUCUGCAACUCUUCCACUCGCAUCAUCAGUGGUCAAACCAUCCCCGAGAAAGCCGAGUGCCGGGAUUGAGGUUUCAAAAACACCUUCAGGCCCUCCGUCUUCUACCACAACGCCCAAGGGUCUAUUGUCGCCUAGCUCCCUCUCAGAUAGCCUUGCUGAAUCGGCAAAGCGUGCCGUUGCUGCUCCUUCAUCCACUCCUGAGCCUUUCUCAAAGUCUAAACCCAUUGUGGCAAAGAAAUCUGAAGAGCUUCGCAAGGUGUCAAGUUCUGAAAUACCCGAGUCUUCAAAUGCCAUCUCUUCCAGACCUGCAACUCCUAAGAAGUUUUCGGUACUCUCAGAUCAACAAUCUCGACUCGAUGCACAAGACAAACCGGCAGUGAUCUCAAAAACACCUUUGAACGCAGCAACUAUGCCUCUGACUCCCAGCAAAUCGAAACUCAACACUCCAAAAUCCAAACCAGAAGCCGACACCGACCCUAAAUCCAGCCUGGCGUCUUCCGGAAAAGCCAACGGCGUUGGCGUCCGAAUUGAUUCGCCCCACAUUAAGCCUCUUGCAACAUCUGAAUUGACCCCUCCGUCAGAAUCACAGUUAUCUGCGGGCCGCUCGAAGCCAAUUCCUCCCAAGCCAUCGCAAAAGCCGCUUCAGUCAACUACAAAUGCUCAUCUUGUCAGAACACAACUUGAAGCGAUCCUUGGCCCGUUACCGCAAUCUACCGAUAGGGCAGAGUUUGAUACCCAUUCCUUUUUGUCGUCCCAGGCACCUGGUGAGAAGGUCAAAACCGUCAAUCACCAGAUUUGGGAGGUUGGGGCAGGGGGGAAGAAAAUACCCAUGCCGCCUCAGCAGGAACACAUCUUGUUUGAGGACAGCAUGUAUCUGAGUAUCCACGUGAUGCAAAUCUCGAACGGGACACAGACAUCGGAAGCUUACCUUUGGUGCGGAGAUGAAGUCUCUGAAGCUGCCAUUGAGGAUGCUCAACUAUUCUGUCGCAAGGCAGCUCGAGAGAACAACGCAAAGCUUGAGAUUAUUCGACAAGGAAAGGAAAAGUCGGAAUUUUUCCAGGGUCUGGGAGGAAUCGUCAUUAUCCGCCGAAACAAGACCUCGGCGUUGUAUAUGCUCUGUGGCCGACGACAUCUUGGCCAUGUUGCCUUUGAUGAAGUUGACUUUGCGCCUGAUCAACUCACUUCAGGCCUGCCAUUCUUGAUCUCGGCUAAAUUUGGCAAAUUAUACCUUUGGAAAGGAGCCAGUAGCAACCCAGAAGAUGUGGGAUGUGCGAGACUCAUCGGUAUGGAUCUGGGGCUGACGGGAGAAAUCGAGGAGAUCAGCGAGGGAGAAGAACCGGCCAGUUUCUGGGAAUCAUUUCCCUACACUUCUGGAAAGCGAAAGACGACGGCUGGGCGUUCUGAGUCGGAUCGACACCGCGGGCAGUCGACAAGAUUGUAUCGAGUGGAGCUCGAUCGACCCAAAUCCUCGGGCGGCUUCUGGGGCUUGCGAGCCGCCUCACCCUCUAAGCCUUCGAAUAAGGCUCUGAUCGAGGAAAUUCGGCCAUUCACUCAGCAGGACCUGGAUGCGAGUUGUAUCCAGAUUCUCGAUGUCUACAGUGAACUCUAUGUCAUUGUUGGACAAUCAGCACGGAAACCUGUAGAGUUUAUUACGGCAUUACAGGUUGCACAGGAGAUGGCCGUGUUAUCACCUUCUGUACAAGAUCGACCAUUUUUGCCGACCUGUCACGUCAUCUCAGGCGACAUACCCGACAACAUCAAGGCAACCUUUCGCAAGUGGAAGCCCACAAGGUCCACAUUACCGCAGGGGUCUAUCUCGGCUCGAGCUGAAGAUGUCAUGCAAGAGCUGGGCAUUGUGUCAUAGUUUAUACAGCAGUUGCUUCUAUGUAAAGAAGGUGGAGGUGACUGGCACCCUUUCGGUUGGGUAGCUCGAGGACAAAGCAGGACAUAUCAUAUUGUGUCGUAGAUGGGAUUGAUGGUUCAGUGAAGACAUGACUGAUCAUGACGAGACAGAUGAUGAUGAUACUAUUAGCUAUGGUGAUGAUGUCAGCCAUGGACAAUAAACCAGGAACCGUGC